AUGUAUAUAACGUACGAUCGACCGUACCGAUGGGAAAUUACAGACGAAAAUACAGAACCAUCUACCCAGCAACAAUGCCAUGAUAAUGCCGAGGAUGAUGAUGAUGAUCAGUCUGAUUCAAUGUCUCUCGAUGAUACAACACUACAAAACGGUAAUAUGCACACGAGCAGUUUCAGACCCACUUGGCUUGUACGUACGUCGGAUAUGAACAUUGUUCCCGGCUAUACAGUCAAUGGUCCAUACUAUACCCUGUCAUACUCGUGGAACCAGUCAGGCACCAUAACUAAAAUUGGGAGCGAAUACCACCGGGACGAUCUUGGCAAUCACAAGAUUAUAUACGAAGAGGAAGAAUCAGUACACGAGGAGGAAGAAGAAGACUACAUUGGGUAUCAUCAACACAUUCAACAACGGGAACGCCAGCAACGAGUGGUAUUGAAAGCGAGAUAUGUGAGCUUUGUACAGCUCAUCCAACAAUUGUGUGUGGAUUGCGACAUUGAUUACAUCUGGUAUGAUCAAUUAUGCAUCGACCAGAACGAUCCAAACGAAAAGAGACGCGAAAUGCAACACAUGGACCUGAUCUAUCGACACUCCUAUUGUACCGUGGCACUUGUACCGGAACUGCAUACUUGUGACGGACGGGCCAAUCUAUCAGCGAUUAUAAAUUCGGAAUGGGCAAACCGGAUGUGGACAUUGGAAGAAGCGUACAUGGCCAACCAGAUAUUGUUCAUCGGCACCAACGUUCACUUGUGGUCGCAUACAAUUGCUCAAUCAUCCACCUACAAAAGAGACACCACAUUAAUGUUCUUGCGCAGUAUUUGCGAUAAAUCCCAGCAACAACGACUUUGGAAUGCGGGUACCAUCUUGUGUCACGCGCACGCCAGAUCCAGCACCAGACCUCAUGACAAAAUAUUCGCACUUGCGAAAAUGUCAAGUCGCGACACCAUCACCAGCUCUUCUAAUGCCAUUAUUCGCUUUGACUACAAUCAGCCACUUUUGGAACUGAUCCUGCAGUUCUAUGAACUGUUAGCCCAAAAUGAUCCUACUAUACUAUGCUUUGGUGCACCUCUUUCCAAGAACAUUUUUCCGUCUGAAUCAUGGUUAAUAACACCGCAAUUAGAAGAAGAAGAGGACCAUCUGAAAAAUUUAGAUAGGCUACCAUCCUGGGCUGGUAUUCACGGUAAACAUCUUGCUCAACCGUGGGGCCAACACGACGAUACUGUUGGAAUCGCAUCAUCAGCAGCCCUAUUAGCAAGCAGUGGCUACAGCGUCGAGGGGGCACGCAUAUACCUCUACGACUGUUCAUACAUUCCUAUAAAGUUCACAAGCAUAUUACAAAAUUGGCAUGGAUCAUCAGACCAAGACGCCGCAUAUGACGACCGUACAAGUAAUAAUAACAGCUCAUCACUGGCAUUUGCUGCUACGGCCGAUAUCCUUCAAGCCCAUUUCGGAUCGCCCGCCUUUCCUGUUCAUGCCUGCGGGUUAAAAGUGACACACAGCAUUGUAUCAGAAUCAACAACAACUCGGCAUGUAUAUUUGUCGUUGGUCGGCGACGACGACUGUUUUCAAGAACACGCCAUUCUCUCGGGAAUUAGAAUUGGUUUGCAGCAGCAUUGCAAUACCGCGCGUGCCAUAGGCAUGCCUGUGGUUAGACAGAAUUAUCACGGAGAAAGUUGGAAAUCGGUUGGGUUGUGUAUUGUCAUCUAUAAUGUAAAUGUUUUGGAUCCAAUCAUUAAAGAGGCUGAAUUAAUGGAUUUUAUUAUUGAAUGA